AUGGAGCACCACCUUACCCCGCACCCUUUUUAGCUAAUUAGAUACUGUAUAUACUACUAGCGCCAGCUAGUCUGAGCCCAGAGGGAACUUUUUCGCGUAUUCCGUUACCGGGCCUUAUAGUACUUAGGACGAGCGUCACCUUUGACCUUACCAAGACUCCUGGCAUAACCCCCAUAUGAGGUCGUGGUAUUCGGACGCUCAGACGGCUUACAUAUGUAAAGCGUACCUAUAUGAUAUGGAGGGCUUUUUGCUGAUUGGAUGACUUGUCAGGUUGCUAGCGUGAGAUGAAGGUGAUGUGCUUACAAAUCUCAUUCGAGUGGUUUCACCCACAUUAGUAGCAACCCUGGAAAAUGUCUUUCCAAACUCCCCCUACAACAAAAAUUUACACAUUUCUACGGUCCAAUUUGAAAUGAGCGAACAAGGAAUUCAAUCUGUUCUGCGGUGCGGGCGCUGCAAUAAGCCGUUCGACAAGCAGUCCACAUUAAAGAGACACGGAUACUACUGCCGCUCUCGCCAAGAUGAGCCUGCUACCCGGACUCGUUCUUGCAAUUCCUGUGCCAGACGCAAGGCGCGCUGCGAUAACAAGCGGCCCGCGUGCUCGGCCUGCUUGACCAAGGGUAUCGAAUGCCAUUACCCAGCCAAGACACCCAGAGGUACUGGCAGAGGCCCCCAGUCCGUCCGGCAGCGGACCGAAAGAGAUGUGCCGACAGCCCACCCGCCGGAGACGGUGUCCGCACCAAUAUCAGAUGCAAUCAGCCACCAUUCACUCUUCAAUGAUGCGCCUGUGAUAUCGGACCUGAGCGUGUCAGCAGCAGAUUCAGGAGACGUGUAUCUUCCCUGGGAUGGCCAAGAUAUCGCUUUCGCCGAUUUCAUCCUCCCGCAGAUGAAUGAUGCCGCCCUUCAGUUCUUCCCAGCGCUCGAAUCGACGACACCUCUGAGCACUCCGCUCCAGGAAACUAUCCAGCCUCAUCGCGUAUCGAUACCCGCUCCGCCGCUCAACUUUUCCGGGUCCUUGGUGCAGCGGCCGAGGACCGGACUCGCCAUGCAGAGGAUGGCUAAGCUCGUCCUCCAGCAACUAAAGUCCUACCCCCUGAUGAUGCUGCGUCACAACACGCUGCCGCCUUUCAUACAUCCGCGUUUGCUGUCGGAUGUCGAAAAGAGCGACAUGGAGCCGCUUCACAACUGCAUGAGUUUGCUACAUAUGCUCGGCAGCCAGGUACCAGGGAGCCGUAAGCUGGUUUGGAGGAAUGUGCGGAUGGAGUGUGAGCGUUUCCGCAAGGAGUAUCUUGGGUGGAACAAGCGGGAACUGCUUGCUGCUAUGCAAGCUCUCGCCAUCUACCUUAUCAUCAGGUUGGAUGAAGACCAGACGGAGCACAACGACCUUGACCUUGAUUUGCUCUUCGUCGCGACUGUAGCGGAAAUAGCUGUUCAGUAUAACAGUGUGGCCACCAUGGUAUCCGGCAUCGAUUCGGAACUGAGCUGGGACGAUUGGAUCUGGGAGGAAUCGAUGAGAAGAUUAUGUGUAAUAUACCAGGUCGUAGAUCUGCUGGUGUUCUGGCGACCAGCAGCCCUGUGCCAUCUGCGCGAGAAGAAUCUCCUUAUAGCGCCACUGCCGGCAAGGAAACACCUGUGGGAAGCAGGUGAUGAGGCUACGUGGAAGGCGGAAAGUAAGAGGGAGGAAAGACAGCAUCCCGGGGUUUCCUUUGCGCUGACUGCCGACGGUGAGCUUGUCAAGGUUGAUGAACGCCAGGCGGUUUACACCAACGGCCCAGUGAGCCUUCCCAAGCCUUCGGAUGCCAGUACUCCGCCAUGGACCACUGCAAACUGGGACGAAUGGUGCUCGGAGAUGGAUGGGCUCGGCAGUCUUGUCAUGCUUGCUGCUUCCUUGACAUCAUAGCUCUGGUAUAUACGCACAUACUGGUGCUGAUGAGCAACAGAUAUCAGCGACAGCCUGUGAUCGUGUUAAAUGAGGGGUUUCGGUGAUCUCUGCUGCAAUAAGAGCACCGGUUUGUAUAGGAUGAAUGUCGCUGGCCUG